AAAAAAACCACUCGUACUGUAAAAGGCACGUUAAUUAGGACGGAAGGGGGCCCGCAGCCUCCCGCACCGCCUGGCGCCCGCCCAGCACCAACAUCCGCCCCCAACCGGAAGCGAGCACGAAGCAGUGGCGGUCGCCAAUCCAGAGGCAGCCCCGCCAUGGCACUGGUCGUCGGCGUCUCCGGCGGCGGCGGCGGCGGCGUCCGUCUAACCUUAUCCCGCUGGGUUCAGCAGUUUCUCGGGUUGCGCUCGCGUCGCCAAUCCAGAGGCAGGGGCAGCCCGUCCAAGUCCCGCACCCCCGGCGAAGAGGAUGACACCCUGCCGCUGAUCAAGAGGCCUACGUCCGCCUACUCCUGCACCCCGUCCCUCUUGGCGACUGUUAUUCAUGGGGUGCAAGUCGAUCGUACAAGUGGGGCAAGUAUCACAGCUAAUGGUGCGUUGGUCCCAGUUUCUUCAGUCAGCAAGCAAGGACCACCCGAAUGGAGAAAGUGUUUAAGGGCCUGCUUCUGGCGCAUGUUUUCUUCGCACUGCCUUUACUUGUGCUCUUUUUCCCAAGAUAUGAGAAGGAAAAAUCAAAGACCAAUCUGCUGUUCAGUUUAUUUGACAGAAAUGAAGGGUAUAGUUGGCUUCCUUACUGUGUGGACCAUCAUUUCUGGUGUGGGAUUUGUUGACUACAUGUUUCUGAAGACACUUCCAGAUGAAUUCAUUUUCAAAAUAAUAUUUUUGGUUCAUUUUUUGGUGAUGCUAGUAGUGAUCGUGGUUUUAUGGGCUAAGUUUGUCGAGUGUUCGCAGUGCUGCAGUUCCAAGGAAGAUUUUAGACACGAGGCGCCGGUUUGAUUUGCAUAGUGGCCGCCUUCUGACAACAUGAUUGACUUCAUUCAGCCCGGAUGAUUUUGGAACAUACUAUUGUCAGAUGAAUGAACAUGUAGAUAGCUAGUACUCAUCUGUCAUGGAAGAUGCUGUUACAUGACCAGGUUCAGUAGCUGGCCUGAUUGGCGUUGAUCCGAUGAAGAGAAAGCUUCACCUGAGUGCGCAACCGAAAUUCCAAGGAAGACAGGACGCG